CCCAGGAAACCGAACUCGUCCCGCCCCCUCGACCCUCUCUCCACUUCCGCUCCUGCGCACUGUGGCUCUAGCCAACCAGCGGCGUGGAGGACAUGGCUACUUCCCGCUUACCCCCAGCGACACUAACGCUAAAGCAGUUCGUGAGAAGGCAGCAAGUCCUCCUUCUCUACAGAAGGAUUUUGCAAGCCAUUCGGCAAGUUCCAAAGGAUUCUGAUCGCAAAUACCUGAAGGACUGGGCGAGGGAAGAAUUCAAAAGAAACAAAAGUGCCACUGACGAGGUUACAAUCCGGAUGAUGAUUACACAAGGCAACAUGCAGCUCAAGGAGUUAGAAAGAACACUUGCUUUAGCAAAAUCUUAACUAUAGCAUUAUCCUGAAAGAUUUUCAAGGUCUCCAUGUGUUUUUUGAGCUUAGGCUCAACAACAGGCAGCCCAAAGUCAAGUCAAACUGUAUGUACAGCACUCCAGCAGAAUAUCAGAACGUGGAGCAUGGCACGUCACAGAGGGCAAAGAAAAGCCGCAUUGGAACAAUUUCCUUAGCACUGAAAAACAUACCCUGUAUUUUGAAAAUGUUUCUGGAUUUGUCAGCAGUUUUUAUAAGAAGCAAAAACCAGUACAGGAAACGGUCAAUUAGCACAGUGGUCGGCAAACUGCGGCCCCUUGAGUGUGGCUCUUCCACAAGAUACCACGUGUGGGCGCGCACGUACAGUGCGAUUGAAACUUCAUGGCCACACUCAAGGGGCCAAAGAGCCGCAUGUGGCUCGCGAGCCGCAGUUUGCCGACCACUGAAGUAGCACAUAAAAAAAAAUACUCAACACCAUUAUUCAUCAGGGAAAUGCAAAUCAAAACCACAAUGAGAUACUACACAUCCACCACAUGCACUAGAAUGGCUGUAAUCAAAAAGGGAGAUAACUACUAAUGGGGAAGAUGUGGAGAAAUCAGAACCCUCAUCUAUUGCUGGUGGGGACAGAAAAUAGAGCAGCUGCUUUGGAAAACAGACUGUCAGCUGCUCAAAAGCUUAAACAUAGUUACUUGAUUCACCAGGUUUCCUCCUAGGUUUCAACCAACAAAACUAAAAACACAUGUCUGCAAAACACGUGCACACAAAUGUUCAUAGCAGCAUUAUUUCAUAAUAGCCAAAACAAUCCAAAUGCCCACCAACUGAUAAACAAGUAAAUAUAAAAUGUGGUAUAUCUAUACAAUAAAACAUUUGGCAAUAAAAAGGAGUGAAGUACUGAUACAUGCUACACGAAUGAACCUUGAAAACACUAAGUAAAAGAGGCCAGUCACAAAGGAUCACAUAUUGUAUGAUCCCGUUUAUAGGAAAUGUGUGGGAUAGGUAGAAAGAUCAGUGGUUGCUAGGGCUCUGGAUGUAAUGGAGCAUAACUGGAUAUGGGGUUUCUUGUUGGGGUGAUGAAAACAUUGUAAAGUUAGGUUUUGGUUGCAUAACUCUGAAUAUACUAAAACCCAUGAAAAUGUAUAUUUUAUAUGUAUCCUAUGUGAAUUAUACCUAAUAAAGCUGUUCCUUUUCAUUUUUAAAAAUUAAAAUAUAAUUGGCAUAUAACAUUGUAUAAGUCAAUUAAGCUGUUUUGGAAAACAGUAUGACAGGUAGGACUGGGGGUGUACUGACCUCAGGAGAUAACCUGGAACUUCCUUGAAAAAUCCUCCUGCAUUAUCCCUCACGGUGGUUGAGGUAUGUUCUGCAGAUGUGUCAUGAUCUGAUACUGAAAAAGAUCACCACUGGCAAUCUAGAUCUUUGUUGAAGAGAAAGGAGAAAAAGAACCUUAGUAAGUACCUUGAACACCAAAAGAAGAGGCAACUUCUGGAUGAAACUAAUGCAAUUACCUUAACAUCCAUGUAGAAGUAGCACAAUGAAUCAUUAGGGAAGAUCUUCAGUGCAGUAGGUUCUCCAGUGACAGGAAAAAAAACAAAGAGCUUAAAGAAUACAUCAGAGAAAGACAGGGACUUCAGAACACUUUUGAAAGAGACCAAAUGUAUAACAGUUAAUACAGUCAAAGUGAGUUUGGGGUAAGAGGCUGGGACCGGCAGUCCUGCAGCCUGAAGUCCUCUGUUCAUCUACAGAACAGAUCUAAAAAGUUAAUCCAAGAAUCUGACCAGCCCCUGAAAGAUAGAGAGAAAAUUACGCAGAAAGACAAAUGGUGUUUAGUACUGGACUGUGCCAGACGAGAGGCCUAACCGAUGGUGGCAUAGGUCAGUGACCUGCACAGCCAGGGUCCACCUCCAUGUCCCACAGCCUCAGAGCUCAUAAGGCCAAAUAUGUCUGAACACUCUGCCACAGGGUAAUCUGCUAAUUCAAAAUGCUUGCAUGAGACAAUUUUUAGAUUUUAUAAAGAUGUGCAUUGGCCAGCCUACUGCAAAGCCAUCUGAUGAAAAAAGCAUUUGUGAACAGUUUCUGAACAGAGAACACGUUAAAAAUAUUCUUUGAGUAGCAUGAUUGACAUACAUACUCAAGUAUAGGCUGUCCCUAGAAAACCUAAAAUCUCAAAGCUAAAAACCAUCCGUUGAAGUUGUGAGGAAGUCAGUGACUUGCUGCUCUUCCCAGCAGUGGUGUAUAUGGAAGAUGUAAGAGCAUUUGUGGUUUGAAUUUGCAAGAUGCAAAUACCAAAGACUUCAAGAAAACCAAACCUGUAGCUUGUUUGUUUUUUAAAAUGGGUAAAACACAAAACUUAAUUCUUACCUUCCAGAAGCUAAGAUUAUUAUAAAUGACAAGCUUUUACUUCCAUUUCUACAGAACAGUUUAAUUUUUUUAGUUCACUUACAUGCUUUGAAUAUUCCCCCUGAAUUAUAGGUCAAGUCUGUUGUUUAGCCUAAGAUUUAUUUAGCAAUUUCUUCUCACAUAUGAAAUGAUGGUCAUUAAGAAAGAUGUUGGCCAGAACAGAACUGCUGGUGAAGUACAUUUUAUUCAUCAUCUUUAUCAGUAUUCUGAUAAAGACAAGUCAUCUUCCUGGGUAUGUUCCCUGUAAACUACACUCUUGUUUAAAUGUGCAAGUCUUUUUCCUAACGUUUAAUUUUAAGAAGUUUGAAUGUUCAGCUUAUGUAUUUGAAGAAUAAAUCUUUAUAUUAAAAAAUUUUAAUACAAAAGUUUUCUAGCAUAUGAGAAGUGGCUAAAGCUAUUUCUUAUUUAGCAUAUUGACUGCCCCGGUGUCACUACCCCCUUUUAAGUGUGUCAGGUUGGAAAUGUUAAACUCUUGGCACGGCAAUGCUAUGAAUGUGCCUGCAGAGUCACAGGACUUUAAAGGUUGAGGACAGCAGAAUGUAUUUCCUGGUAUAGGUAUUACUGCAGUCAUACCAACAGACACAGGAGAGCUGAGAGGCAGAGACCCAUACUUACCUAAAUUAUCUCUCUUUUAUGAAGGAAGGAAAAUGCUAGUAAAAUAAAAACAAAAGGAAGCUGCUCACAUCUACUUUGAAAACAAAAUUAGGAUUAUGUAGAAUAAGAUCCAAACAGAAUACAGAGCAAAUUGUCACUCUGUGCCAAACUAGAAAUCGCCUUGAGCUACUUCCUUCCCUGAGUCAGGCAGUUGAGAAAUUAUACUAGAAUUAAGUUAAUUAUUUGUUUACUGAGAAGAGUGAAUCACUUUACCCACUCUAUUUUGUAUUAAAAAAGUGCUUUGCUGUACUGUGUCUUGCUUUUGUAGUAUUAAUUUAAAUUAAUAUAUUUACAUUUAUAGUCAUAAUAUUUGACUUACUAUAUAGGACACGCAUAUUUCCCUUUAAAAACAUAACAAAAUACAUUUUUAAUGUUUUUUCUUAUUCAUAAGAUGUAUUCUAAAAAUGUCAGGUUUUUAAAACUGCCUUGUCUUUUAAAUCGUGAUUGGCUUUUAUAUCACAAGAUGAAUUAUACUUAGCUUUUAGGAACUAUUUGUUAGUAAAAAAAAAAAAUGUUAUCUUUGUCUGCAUAAAAUGACAAGUAAUGUUAUCCUUCUUCUUUGUUCAGUAUUUUCCAAAAGGUCAACAGUUUAAAUAAAACAUUUGUUUAAGCUCA